AUGUGGAUGAUUCCAGAGCAGAACCAAAGCUGGGUUUCUGAGUUUAUCCUGCUUGGCUUCUCCAGUGACCCCAUGACCAAUAACAUCCUCUUCAUUGUGUUCCUUCUCAUCUACCUGAGCUCAGUCCUGGGCAAUGGGCUCAUCAUCCUGCUGAUCUGCCUGGACACACAUCUGCACACUCCCAUGUACUUCUUCCUCUGUAUACUCGCCAUGUUGGAUAUGACCUAUGUCAGCACCACCAUGCCCCAGAUGUUGGUGCAUCUUCUUGCUCACUCUCAGACCAUUUCCUUUGCUUGCUGCUGGAUGCAGAUGUAUGUGUUUAGUGCUCUGGGUAUAACAGAGGGAACCUUUUUUGUUGUCAUGGCUUAUGACAGAUAUGUGGCCAUUUGUCACCCACUACGCUAUACUGUCAUUCUCAACUGGGGAGUGUGCAUAUGGUUGACAUCUGGGUCUUGUGUCUUUGGUUUCCUGUCUUCUUCAUUGCAUACUUUCUUCAUCAUGCAUCUUCCAUAUUGCGGGCCCAACAAAGUCAACCACUACUUUUGUGAAGGCCCUGCAGUGCGUAGCCUAGCUUGCAUGGAUACCCACAUCAUUGAGAUGGUAGACCAGAUCUUGAUUGUUGUUAUGGGUUUUAUUCCAAUUUCCCUCAUUGUGGCUUCCUACAUUCAUAUUGCCAAGGCAAUUCUCAAGAUCAAGUCCACCCAGGGACGAUGCAAGGCUUUCUCUACCUGUGCCUCCCACCUGACUGUGGUCUCAUUCUUCUAUGGUCCAUCCUCUUACAUCUACAUGAGGACCAAUUCCAGCUACUACCCUGAGCUGGACAAGCAGAUCUCACUAUUUUACAAUGCCUUCACAGUCUUUCUCAACCCUGUGGUCUACAGUUUGAGGAACAAAGACAUCAAGAGGGCAUUUCUGAAGGUGAUUGGGCAUAGUAAGAUGUACUGCUGA